AUGCUGCACCCCCUCUGCGAGGUCGUGCAAUACCCGCAGCAUGCUGCCCCCGGCACGACACCCCUCAUCCUGAUCCACGAUGGCGGCGGCACCUCUUUCGCCUACCACUGCCUCGACCCGCUUCGCCGCCCUGUAUACGCCAUUGCCAACCCCCACUUCCACUCAGGCGCCCCCUGGCCUGGUGGCAUCCGCGAGAUGGCCGAGUUGUACGUCGCCAUGGUGCGCCGCACUGUCGACUCGGACGACUUCCCCGACAACGGGGCCGCCCGCGCCAGGGUCUUUCUCGGCGGCUGGAGCUUCGGCGGCAUGCUGGCGUUGGAGAUGGCCCGGCUGCUCGAGGGUGACAACGACAUUGAGGUCGCUGGCCUCCUCAUGGUGGACUCCACCUUUCCUCUCUGGAAGGACUACGAGACAGUGAACAGGAAGUUCGGAGAGAUGCUGGUCGAUGACGAGGACCCUCCCAGGAAGAACGUCCUGCUGGCGAGGCAGGCCAUGACGGCCGCCGUGGAGAUGAUUCAGAGCUGGGAGCUGCCGCAGUGGGCAUGGCAGGAUGACAAGCUGGCCGAGGUCGGCGUCAACAGCUACUCGGCCACGGUCCCCAGCGUGCCUGGGGGUCCGCCGCCGACGGUGCUCCUCAAAGCCACAGACGGCGUGCCGACAAAGGUUGCCGGUGAGGUGAGCCGGGUCGACCUGUUUCGAGACCAGCGAGAUCUGGGCUGGGAGAAGUACCACCCUGGCUUCGUCGGCGAGGUUCUCGACGUCGAGGGCCAUCAUUAUGACCUCUUUGAGUGGGCUCGGCUCACGGCGACGACGAACAAGAUCAAGGAGGCGUGCGAGCUGCUUGAGAGGAAGCGCGCAUAG